AUUGGAUGUAAGGACGCGCGUUCUUUAAGUUGUGCAUUUACCACAAACGAACACUGUUUGGAAUGGUUCAAACGAUUACACAAAGUGACCUAUCCACGGAAGAGUAUAGAGGAUAUAUUUGCAUUCGCGUACUAUGCAUGGUCCAUAGAGGAGGGCAAAGAUUAUCCUAGGCUCGGAAAAGAUAAUAGUUCUUAUAUUACUACUUUUAAUUCAGAAAUUGAGCGAUUAAAGUUUAAUUUACAUGGCACAUGGCGCAUCAGUCAAAUAAAUAAGGAUUAUCGGAUGUGCCCAUCCUACCCACCACAGCUUUUAGUUCCCGCUUGCAUUUCUGACGAAACCCUCGAAUUUGUUGCCAAAUUUCGAAGUUCCAGACGAAUUCCAGCCAUUGUGUGGAGGCAUGUGAAUAAUGGCGCCGUGAUAGCUCGUAGUAGCCAACCGGAAGUCGGUUGGCUCGGUUGGAGAAGUUCCGAGGACGAGGAUCUUCUAAAAGCUCUCGCGGAUGCGUGUAGCUAUGAUAAAGGCGAAUCUACGAUGGUAGACUCGCCUAUUACAUACUCCGACGCUGGUGACGAUAUUACACCGAGCGCUGCCAAGAAGGUUUUAAUCGUCGACGCCAGAUCAUACACCACGGCCGUAGCGAAUCGGGCACGCGGCGGCGGUUGCGAGUGCCCCGAGUAUUAUCCAAGCUGUGACAUACAAUUUAUGAAUUUGCCGAAUAUUCACUCGAUACGAAAGAGCUUUCACGCUGUGAGACAACUUUGCGCAUCGGAUGCGGAUCAACCAAAUUGGUUAAGUUUGCUGGAGGGAACGCGAUGGUUGCAGCAUAUGUCGGGCUUAUUACGAGCGGCAGUCACCGUAGCGUCCGCGAUUGAGAGGGACGGUCGACCAGUAUUAGUGCAUUGUAGCGACGGCUGGGACAGAACGCCGCAAAUCGUCGCGUUAGCACAGAUAUUACUCGAUCCAUAUUAUCGUACUAUGGAGGGGUUUCAAGUUUUGGUUGAGAGAGAGUGGUUAGACUUUGGACACAAGUUUGCGGAUCGAUGCGGACAAACGAUCGGUUGUGACGAUCCCAAUGAACGUUGUCCAGUAUUUCUUCAGUGGCUCGACUGCGUGCAUCAGUUGAUUCUGCAAUUUCGAUGUAGUUUUCAAAUGUCGUCUGCGUAUCUUGUGAAACUGGCCCAACAUACGUACUCGCAAUUAUUUGGCACAUUCUUAUGUAAUACUAGGCAGGAGAGGCUACAAUUAAGGAUACGGGAACGUACAUUCUCCGUUUGGCGUUUCCUCAACUCAACUGCGUUUGUGAAUCAUCUGUAUUCGCCGUUAAAGAAUCAGGUGUUGUGGCCGAGUUGCAACGUGCGCGAUCUUGUUCUGUGGUCCGAAGUGUAUUUGGGUUCGAUGGAAUCGUCUCUCGGUAUGAGAGACGACAAGCAGAGGGUGGCGAUGAUAGACAUCGAGGGUGGCGAGAGCGAGGAACCGCAGGGACAGAUGACGAAAACAAGGUCGUACGGCGAUCUUAUGCACGCGCCCGAUCACGCGGCUUAUCUGCACCGAAGACGUAGCGAUCCAAGUAUUUCUAUGGAAAAAAAAUUCGAUUCUUUGGCGCUUGAGACUAAUGCUGAUCAAAAGAGCGUGAAAAAUGUGGACAGUAAAAAGAGUCAAGAUGCAAACGAAAAUUUAUCAGAGACUGAAAGCAAGAUAAAACAAUGUACCACAAAUCAAGUGUCCAGCGAUUCACCCGCUAAUCCUUCGGUAGAUAGUUCCACUGAUACCUUGAUACCCAACAAUGACUCUGUCGUUACAGCAGUGAAUGGGGAGAAGGAAGCACCACAGACAAAUUCGUCGCGAGAUAUCGUGUCUCCGUGGAUCGAAACCGGCACUACCACCGGACGGAUUGUUUGCUCAUCGUGCAAUCGCAAUCACAACGAGGGUAGUGACGUGAGUGAUACUAGCGCCCCAUUGAUAUCAAGAACUCCCAGUAGCAUAUGUCCAGCUUCUCCAACCCAUCAGGACGUUAUGCUAGAUAAUCCUGACUGGCUGGACGAUGUUGACGGUCUUCCUGUCAUAUGUUGUGACGUCCAAAUGCGAGUACAACAAAUUAUCGUAGAGCAUAAGCUCAAGGAGGAGGCUCUGAGGAAGGAAUUACACACGACAAGACUGGCACUAAUAAAGCAAGUUUGCAAUCACAACGCAGAGACCGAUCGUAUCGACGAUAUCGGCUCUUUGCCGGACUCGGUGGGAAGCGCUGGUGAACACGGAGAAUCACUACCGUCGGACAUGUCCUGGGAAGCCGUGGAGGAGCUGGGUCCUGCGCCCACCCUUUGGGUUCCCGAUCACGCCGUGACUCGUUGCAUGGGAUGUAACACGGAGUUUUGGCUCGGUAGACGUAAGCAUCACUGCAGAUGCUGCGGCAAGAUUUUCUGUGCCGAUUGUUCCGAGAACUCCACCCCCUUGCCUAGCGAGCAGCUCUACAAUCCUGUGAGGGUAUGCAGCGAUUGCUACGCGCGGCUGCACCACCAUCACACGAGCUCGUGCCAGUGUAACGCCCGCCAUCAGAGCACCAAAGUGGAGAACGAGGUGGACCCCUCCGUCGAGACGGCGCCACCGCUGCCGCCGUUGCCGCCGCCGCCGCAAUCGGUAACGUGUCAAAGAGCGAAGAAACUGCCGCCGACCACGACGAAAGAUAUCUGCUGUGACAAGCUACUGCAAGCGACGCAUCAGAAAACACAACCGUCCGUCGCAGCGGCCACGGCGAAUUGAGGAGAAGAGCCGGAAGCGGGGGAAAGGAAUGCCCGAGGAAAGCUGAAAGGAAAGCAGCUUUCCGGCGUGGAACUGCUUCGGAUCAAUCAAUCGCCGUUCAGCAUCACCUAAUUCUGCGCGGCCGCAAGCUCGUCGCCGUCGCUGGAUUUAUAUAUGAUUUCUAACGGAUACAUGUGGCAUCUGGAGUAACGUGUUUAGGUUCUCCUGAGCGAUUUAAUAUAUUUAUUGCUAGAUUAAUAAUUUGUACGAACAAGUAUGUAGCGGGUACCAAGAAAAUACGGCAGAGAGUCAGUAUACGUUGUAUAUACCUUAGGAAAUAACUCGAGCUAAGAUUCCUGGUAUUUUUUUCCGAGAGGUAGAGGGAGAUCCUCUGAGAUUUACCCGUUUCUAGGUAUCUCCGCGCUCAGCACGACGGGUGGGUGACGAGUGGCAUGUUUCGGAUAGGCUGUGAUCGACGUCUAACUUUGUAGACGACUACACUAUGGAAGCAAAGUGCUAAUUAAUUGUCAAUUGAUCACGAUAAAAACCGAUCGUUCGUUGAUUGAUUUAGUUGUCGGGUCGAGCGAGACGAACGAAAUCGUAUUUCUUAUAUCAUUGCCGAUGUACGAGAAUUGGGAUUCAUUAAAUGUCAUUAUCGCAUCGCACGCGUUUGCUAUCGAUCGACUUCUCACAUCCAUAUUUUACCUUACACACACACAUCGAUCCCUUCUGUUAUUAAAUCUAUCUGUAAACG